UCAUACACACAUAAUUGAAUCACAUUCUACCAUCAUCCUCCUCAAAUAGGCACUUGCACUUUUCCAGUGUUGGCAGCCACCCUGAAACAUGAUGAUAACUUUCCGAAUUAUGGUGUUAAUGAUCCUAGCCUUGGCGGCGGUAACCCUACCAAUCAACGCAAUGAACCCACGAAACCUCGAGGUCACCACUCCAACCACCACCAACCAUGUCGGAUCACUAAAGCUCGAAAUCAAGUGUGGUCAUUGCAACUACAGUCCUCCACCACCACCACCAAAACCAUCACCACCACCACCAUCUCCACCACCUCCAUCUCCACCACCUCCUGAAGAACAUUGCCCUCCACCACCACCACCACCUCCAGAGGAAUACUGCCCUCCACCACCACCACCUCCAGAGGAAUACUGCCCUCCUCCACCACCACCACCCGAAGAAAACUGCCCUCCACCACCAUCACCACCCAAGAAUCCACCUUCAACUCCUUGUUUGAACAGCCCUUGUUUGAAUAGCCCUCUACCGCCCUUUAACGCUGGCAUUAACAUAAACGGGCCUCCAUCAGAGCUGUAUCCCAUCAUGGAAACUAUCUCAGCUGCUCGCCGGAGCUUCACGGUGCCGCCGCUGCUUCUGGUGUUGUUUGGAUUACUGCUAGCUUUUUGGUGAAUUAUAUAGAAUCGUUUAUAUGUUUUGUGUAAAAAAGGUUGACAUUCAUGGGUAGAAAUACAUAUGAAUCUAUUAACUCUAUGAGGAAUAGAACAAUCUUUUUGUAAUAAAUAAACUGUUGUAACUUGUAACCUUUUACUAUUUUUAUAUAGUAUCAAUUAAUCCCUAAAUGAAAAUGUAUUUUCUUCU